AUGGGGAAACCUCGGAUGAUAAUCCUCGUCCGUCAUGCGCAAUCGGAAGGGAAUAAGAACCGCGAUAUCCACCAGACCAUACCCGACCACCGAGUCAAACUCACGCCCGAAGGACACCGACAAGCACUGGAGGCAGGCCGUCGGUUGCGCGACCUUCUACGGCCCGAUGACACCCUGCAUUUCUUCACAUCUCCAUAUCGCCGGACAAGGGAGACGACUGAAGGUAUCCUUGAAUCAUUAACUUCAGACGAUCCUUCGCCCUCGCCGUUUCCGAGACAUGGGAUCACGGUCUACGAAGAGCCCCGGCUACGAGAGCAAGACUUUGGCAACUUCCAGCCAUGUUCGACAGAGAUGGAACGUAUGUGGAUGGAGCGGGCAGAUUACGGCCAUUUCUUCUACCGCAUCCCUAACGGCGAGUCGGCCGCGGAUGCCUACGACCGAGUGAGUGGGUUCAACGAAUCGCUAUGGCGAAGCUUUGGCGAUGAGGACUUCGCCAGCGUAUGCGUUCUCGUCACGCACGGCCUCAUGACACGGGUAUUCCUCAUGAAGUGGUACCACUGGAGCGUGGAGUACUUUGAGGACCUCCGCAACAUCAACCACUGCGAGUUCGUAACUCUGAUCCUCAAUCCAGACAACGGCAAAUACACCCUCCAGAACAAACUCCGCACAUGGUCAGAGUUGACCAAGGAGCGAGAACUUGAGAGAGAACGUGAACGAGCGACGAGUGACCACGGCGUGACUUCCAUCGUUCCAUCCGACCAUACCCCCAUCCGCAGGAAAUGGGGCGGUUGUCCCGACGGAUGUACUCAUGGCUUGACGGGAGAUGCAAAGUCAUUUCGAGCACAAGUAGUGGAUACUAUCCAUCGUGGAAGUGGACCUGUACGGAAAAAUGUCGAUACACUCCCCGAUCAACCGUCACCACUCAAGCAGGCCUCGACUACAUCCGAUGGCCUAGAUGGGUCGCUCUCCUCCCUAUGGGAAAAUAACAACCACAACCAACACGGCGACAACUACAGCUCACAGUCCACAAAUGAGACCCAGGUCCUCUACAGGCGCUCCUCCAGCUCGGAUACCCACCAAAAUGGCAGCUCUCGCCCCGGCCGCCCCAGCCUCGGCGCCCACCGCGACAGCGAAGACUACCUCCUGCAUCCCCCAGCCUCAACCGCAUCCACAGCAACCCUCAAAAUGGCCCUGCUGCACCUAGGCGGCCGCGACGGCGGCGGCUCCAUGAGCGGCGCAAACAGUAUCGCCGCAUCCGACGACGAAGCCGAGGACCACCACCACGAUCACCACCACCGUCCUCGCGCCGUGACGUCCGUUCCCACCGACAAACACGCACAUGCGCACUCGCACUCGCACCCCGGAGCCAACCCGUCGCAAGACCUCGAAGACGACGGCGACGACGAGCUCAGCGCACAUCCAACGGAGGAUUUGAGGCGUCGCCCGCACCAUCACCACCAUCACCAUCACCACAUCGUGCACCCGCGCACGCCCAGCCAACCCAGCCACCACAGACAUACCUCGUCGACAGCGUCACAGCCACAACACAGAAUGGCCAACAUCCUCGGCGACGGCGACGACGGGAUUACCACCGAAGACACGCAGGCCCCCCCGCAGUACCGGGUCUCGACCGGCGUCCGAUUGUGA